AUGCGUUCGUUCAUUCUUUUAACCCUUUUGAUAUCUACCGUCACCGCCAUUGGUGAUUUGGCGUUCAACUUGGGAGUUGAAGCCACCGACGGUUCUUGUAAAACCGCUGCCGAUUACAAACAAGAUUUUGCCUCGUUGUCACCAUACAGCAAGAUUGUCCGGUUCUAUUCUGCCAGUACUUGUAACACUUUGUCGGUCCUUGGUCCGGCUGCCGAAGACGCUGGGUUCGAAUACUUUAUCGGGAUUUGGCCAACCGAUUCUUCUCAUUUCGCCGCUGAAAAGUCUGCUUUGACCAAUGAGUUACCAAACUUGUCGGUUUCUUCUGUCAAGGGUAUCACCGUUGGUUCAGAAGCAUUGUACAGAAACGAUUUGUCGCCAUCGGCCCUCGCCAGCGCCAUCACCGAGAUUAAAGAUUUAAUCAAGGAUAUCAAGGACAAAGACGGUAAUAGUUAUUCAAGUGUUCCGGUCGGUACCGUCGACUCUUGGAACAUCAUGGUCGAUGGUUCUAGUGAACCGGUGAUUCAAGCCGCCGAUAUGGUGUUUGUCAAUGCGUUCUCGUAUUGGCAAGGUCAAACCAUGGCUAAUUCCAGUUACUCAUUCAUCGACGAUAUCAUGCAAGCUUUGCAAGUGAUUCAAACCACCAAAGGAACCACCGAUCUCACUUUCUGGGUCGGGGAAACCGGGUGGGCCACCCAAGGUUCUGCUUAUGAAUCGGCUACUCCAAACACCAGUAACGCCGCCCAAUAUUGGCAAGACGCAGUUUGUGGUAUCAGAGCUUGGGGUAUUAAUGUCAUCAGUUUCGAAGCCUUUGACGAAUCUUGGAAACCAGACACUUCUGGAACUAACGAUGUUGAAAAAUACUGGGGGGUGUUUGACUCGAGUAGAAAUCUCAAGUACAAAUUGACUUGUGACUUUGAUUAA